AUGGCGGCCAAAAUCUUCAUCUCCCUCAACUUCUUCUCCCUCCUCUAUUUCUCCUCCGCCCUCUCCAGCGAUUCUGUCUCCAAGGCCAUCGAAAUCCUCUCGAAUUCCGGCUUCUUUUCAAUGGCUCUAACUCUUGAAUUCGCCUCAAACAACUUGAUCCCUCGCUCUGAAUUUCUCACUAUUUUCACUCCUUCCGACUCCACAUUCUCUUCAUCCGGCCAGCCAUCUCUUUCCCUACUGAAAUUCCACUUUUCUCCCCAGUCUUUGACCUCCCAGACCCUCAAAACCCUCCCUUUCAACUCCAAGAUUCCAACUUUAUCCCCUUCCCACGCUCUGCUCGUUACUUCACCACCGUAUCGUGAUCACGAUUCCGUUUCAAUCAACGGGGUCAAGGUCAACGCCAGCUCGGUGAUAUACGACGACGGGUGGUUGAGAGUCUUUGGGAUUGAGAAAUUCUUUGAUCCAAACUUCCGUGCCCCUCCAAGGCCUAAUCUUGAUUGCGCAGCAUCGGUGCUUGACGACGAUGAAGACGACGGUGAUGGCCCGAUGAGUUUCGGUGAAGCUAUUGACGAAAUGAAAGAUAAACGGUACUCAGUUAUGGCUUCAUUUCUUGAACUGCAAUUGCCGACGACAAAGAAGCCAACUUUGCUGACUGUGUUCGCUCCUCAAGAUGACAGAAUAGAGGGGAACUUUAGUAAUUUCAGCCAUUACACGUCGGUCUUUCUCCGGCAUGUGGUGCCGUGCAAGAUGCCGUGGUCGGUUCUGAUCGAUUUGGAUUAUCCGGUGGUGAUGCCCACAUUCUUGGAAGGGUACGAAAUUACUGUCACACUAAGGCAAGAUCAUGGGGGCCUGUUGGCUAAUGAGGUACUUGUCGUCGAGGAUGUGUAUGCCGAUGAGUGGCUUGCCGUUUUGGGGAUUGGUGAUGUUUUACCGGAAGUGCCUGAGCCGGAGCCGGAGCCGAAGCCAGAACCAAAACCAUCAGCUCAGAGAAGAAGAUCAAUGGUGAAUCUUGAGAUCUUGAAGGUCUUGGUAGCUUUGUCAUCUCUGAUUAUUUGGAUAUAUAGCUUCUAG